UUUUUGCAAGACCUAGUAAGAGCAAUCAUACAAAAAGUGAUGGGUUCGCAUGUCCAGUAUUGUAAGUUACCCCUGUAAGGUAAAUAAAAUCUUUAUAUAUGCAUAUGCAGCCUAUCUGUACACAUUGUAUUUACACAAGCACUUUAUUUUCUGUUCUUUAGUGGCAACUAUGACAAUAGUUAUGAGAGGUAGCCCUGCUGGUGGUGAUACCAGUCAGGAGGCUCAGCAACCAGGGGGUACAACUCCUGUUGCAGCACCAACAGCACCAGCCACAACACCACAACCAGUACCACCUACCCAGCAAUCUGGUCCUUCACCACAGGGUGAAGAGAACGGACAAGGGGAUGUUAACAUGGAACCAGGGGAGGAUGGGGAACCAGACUUCCCAAUCCAGGAACUGACCCGUCUGGAUGAAAUGAUUAAUAGACCCCGUUGGGUUGUGCCUGUGCUACCAGGUGGCGAGCUUGAACUCUUGCUUAAUGCAAGUAUAAAGCUUUGUAGAGAAGGACUUGACACAAGGAGCGAGGCUUGCCAGAGAUUUUUCAGGGAAGGUUUAACAGUUUCCUUCUCUAAGAUCAUGACAGAUGAAGCAGUCAGUGGCUGGAAAUAUGAAAUCCAUAAAUGUAUAUUGAACAAUGCUGCCAAGCUCGUAGAGUUAUGUGUGGUGAAGUUAUCACAAGACUGGUUCCCUUUAUUGGAUUUGCUUUCAAUGAUAUUUCAUCCACAGUGCAAGUUUCAUACUUACAAUGGAACACGUACCUCGGAGACGGUCCCAGCUGGUGCAACAAUUGCGGAUGAUGCCCUUUUUGCCAGACCUCCUGAUCCUAGAACUCCAAGGGGUUGGCUGGUAGAUCUAGUGAAUAAAUUUGGCAGUUUAGAUGGCUUUCAGAUUCUGCUGGACAGAUUUGCCAACAGUUCAACAUUAUCAGUACCAGUUAUUGCUGCCCUUGUCAAGCCAUUUGGAUUGUGUGCUGAAGUUCUUACUCCUCAUACUGUACAGAAAUACUUUAUGCCAAUAGUGGAUAUUGUUCCAAAGUUUUUAGAUGGACUAACAGAUGAAGAGUUAAAGAAAGAAUCUAAGACAGAAGCCAAGAAUGAUGCACUAUCAUCUAUAAUCAAAGCAUUGAAACAGCUAGUCUAUCGUCUUCCUAAUCAGGAAGAUACAAUCAAAAGUUUAGAGAUUUUUAGACUUAAAAUGAUUCUCAGAUUAUUACAGAUAUCAUCAUUCAAUGGUAAGAUGAAUGCCCUGAAUGAGGUUAAUAAAGUGAUAGCCAAUGUGUCAUUUCACUCAAGUAGACAUUCACAGUCAGAGGAUGAUGAAUGGCUCACAGCUGAUAAAAUGGCUGAAUGGAUACAGGAGAAUGAUGUAUUAUCUAUUGUGUUGAGAGACAGUUUACACCAGCCGCAGUAUGUGGAGAAGUUGGAGAAGAUAUUACGAUUCAUGAUCAAAGAGAAAGCACUGUCGUUACAGAAUCUCGAUAAACUAUGGGAGGCUCAG